GUUCACUGUGGCUGUAAUCUGGUCAGACGACCGGCUGACAUUAGACUGAACGGGGAGGUGUUUUGUUUUUUUAUUUAAAAUGUCUAUUUCAUCUCCGCACAGCUCGGAAUCAAGCCGCAGGAGGAGGCCGACUGAACACACACAAUCCUGUGAUCCUCCAUGGCAGCAUGAUCCCCGGGCAGGUCACAAUCGUGAACCAAGCCAUGAGGGACUAUGUGGCGGUCAACUUAAUCCAGCAGACACUUUUCCUUCAUUUCAACAUCACUCCAUAUGUCCUGCCCUGUGCACAACUAAAUGCAGUUCAGCACAUUCAUGUCCGAUCCACCAUACCUGUGAUGACGGUUGGGUGGAGAUCCAAAGCAAGAGAAUCAUCAGCGCAGAGAACGAAGUGGAAGCAAACAAACUGGUUAACAACUACAGGUUUGGUUUCAGAAAAUGGAAAAGCCAUGUGACCGAGCGUCCAUUUGAAGACAGGUCAGAGGUGGUGAAAGAGCUCUACUCUGAACUGAAAGUCAUUAAACCACAUACAGGUCAUCUCAUCACAUGUGGAAAUAUAGCAUAUUUGUUUCUCUUCGGUUGGUGGGUCUCUCUGGCGUACUUCCUGGUCAGCAUGCUGAUGUUCAUCACUGUCAUUGGCCUACCCUAUGGCAGGCUUUGCUUGAAGUUGUCCUGCUACUUCCUGUGGCCAUUUGGCAAGUCCAUCCACGAGAUUGGAAAUACAUUGAGGAGAUGUUGCGAGCAGGCUCCUGACUGUGAGUGUAACAUAGAGGAGGCCGAUGAUAACUCACCAGUUCUGCUACCUUCACCCACAGAGAUGCCAAUCCCAGACUUUUCAGGACAGCCUCAGCAAACUCCCUACUGGCAUCGUUUCUCAACAUACGCGUGGCUGCUGCUUGGGUAUCCACCCCUUGUAGUCGUCCACUCUCUGGCUUGCUUCCUCUCCUGGAUCCUGGUCUUCACUAUCCCUGUUUCCAAGAUGAACGCUCGCACCAUCCGCGUCAUUCUCCUCUUGCCUCCCGAGGAUGUCUCGGUCUCCACAUGCUCACAGAGGAAGCGUCAAGGCUGCGAGACCAGAGCUCUGCUGUGCUGCUACCAUGCUGCAAACUGGUACUACUACAAGUUCACUGUUGAUGGGAUCAAUGUGUUUGCUGUCAACCUUCUCCCUUUAGUAAUAGUUGCCAUGGUAAUUGGAUAUAUUGACCGAGAAAACCAGUACGCCAGCUCUGAAGUCAAGUUUGCCAUAGCCAUCUGCUCCAUCAUUCCUCUGUCCUAUUAUAUUGGAAUGGGCAUUGCCAGUAUCUCCGCACAGAGCAACUUCGCUGUGGGUGCCGUGGUGAACGCGAGCUUCGGCUCCAUCACAGAGCUGACUUUUUACAUCACAGCCCUGCUCAGAGGUCACCGGGCGGGAAACCCAUGUCUGCAGGAGGUAGUGAAAGCGGCACUGACUGGCACGCUGCUCGGAUGCAUCCUCUUCAUCCCCGGUAUCUGCAUGAUCAUCGGCGGGCUGAGACACAGUGAGCAAACAUUCAACAGUCGAUCUACAGGAGUGAGCUCUGCUUUACUUUUCAUCUCUGUGGGAGGUGUGUUUGCUCCGACGCUGUUCUCUAAGGCGUACGGCAAUCUGGUGUGUGAUGCCUGCACGAACUCAUCCGGAGGAAACGGCACAAGCAACAGCAGCGGCCCAUUCAUCUGCCACAACUGUCACUACGACCUGAACAACGGCACAUUGUUUCACAACCAUGUCCAGCCGCUGGUGUACACAGUGUCUGCCCUCUUACCAAUAGCCUACAUCAUCGGUCUGAUUUUCACCCUGAAGACGCACUCCCACAUUUAUAACAUUCGAGUUGGAGAAAGACAAGAGACCAGCCACCAUGGAGCAGUGGUCCACUGGUCACGAUGGAGGUCCCUGGUCAUCCUCAUCAUGGCCACUGUGCUCACAUCAGUGUGUGCUGAUCUGGUCACAGAGCACAUCCAGCCCAUACUCAACCAGCCCAACAUCUCUCAGUAUUUCAUUGGAGUGACAGUCCUGGCUAUGGUUCCUGAGAUCCCAGAGAUAGUGAAUGGGAUCCAGUUUGCCCUCCAAAACAACAUCAGUCUGAGCUUGGAGGUGGGGAUCUGUAUUGCAGUCCAGGUCUGCAUGCUCCAGAUUCCAAUUCUGGUCUUAUUUAACUCCUUUUAUGAUGUGGGCUUCGUGCUGUUAUUCAGCGACCUCCACCUGUGGGCCAGCAUCUUCAGCGUGAUUCUUGUCAACUACAUAUUCAUGGACGGCAAGUGUGAUUACUUUCAGGGUACGGCUCUGGUGAUCAACUACUUUAUUCUUCUGGCUCUGUACUUCUACGCUCCGUCUCCAGCAGGCUGCUGACUGCAGGACACUUUAGGAAGUCUGCAGGACAUUCAUGUGGAAACGGAGACAUUUGUAUCUGAAGAGGAAGUGAAAGGCCUUUAUGGAGUUUUAUUCUCUUAAGCUGUUUGCUAAAAUAUACUUUUUGCACACUUAAAAUUGCAAUAUUAGUUACUAUUAGGUACUCGUCUUGACUGCACAAAUAUUUCACUCCUAAAGAUGAUGUGUCUAACUGUGACUUCUGAUUGUCUAGUUUGUAACAUGUGGUCAAAGAAAGCAAAGCAGUAUUUUUACACAGAAAUGGAUGUAAUGAUUUAACAGUUCUACUCUAAAUCGUAUUUUUGUUCAAGUUGUAAUAACUAUUUUUUUAUACUUUUAAGUAACUCCUAAAAUGUGAAAAUAGUACAUGAGACAAAUAACAUUAUUUUAAAUUAAAUGAAACCUUACAGCAUCUAGAGUUUGGACAAGUGGCAUGCUGGCUGUGCUGUGAAAAUAAAAACAAUAUACAACAGUUUAAAAAAAAACGGGGC